UAACCGACGACCUGUAAUAUUGAAAACUCUUCGGAAUGAGAUACGCUGCAGUGAGUUGCAUGCUCUUUGCAUUGAUUGGCAUUGCAAUGGCCGAAAGAGAUCCUAUUUGCUUUUUGAGGCCAGCUGACAAAGGUGUAGUGGGCGGUUCCUGUCAGGUGUUCGUAUCCAGAUGGACCUACUUUCAUAUGACCAAUGACUGCAGGAGAUUCGAAUUUGGCGGCUGCAAGGGCAACGCGAAUCGCUUCGAAUCUAGAAAGAAAUGCGAGGAUAAGUGUUUGAAGAGGUCCUAAAUUAGUCUAGUGCAAAUAUCUACGAUAUAAAACUACUAAA